UCUAUUUGUUGCGUUCGUGGUGUGAUUAAACAGCCAAGGUUGUGACAGCUAAAGCCCAAACAUCUCCCCGCCACUCAGACCAUGAAGAACCUCAUAUUCAGGCUCGUGAGCUUGAGUUCAAGGAGUGACAUUUCUACAGCAUGUAGGACGAGCCACCAUGGGAGAUUCUAUCUGCACGUUUGGGCAUCUGGUUUGUCCUACAGACAUUGCCACCAGAGUACAUCACAACUUCCUCCUCUGAUCGCUGAACAGCCACUUCACAAGCCUGUGAUGUUAAACGAGGUGCUUCAUUGCUUAGACAUCCAACCAGGACAGGUGGUCCUGGACAUGACGUUUGGAGGCGGGGGUCACACCAAAGAAAUACUGAAUACGUAUUCUGAUGUAACGGUCCUGGCCCUAGAUCGAGACCCUGUGGCAUUCGGUUUGGCCCAGCAGCUAGCAAAGCAGUACAAUGGUCGUCUCCAACCCUUGCUGGGCCGGUUCAGCGAGCUGAUCCUUCAGCAGGAGGUGAAGCCAGGUAGUGUAGAUGUGGUGCUCCUUGAUGCCGGUUGCUCCUCCAUGCAGAUGGACCAGGCCCAGAGAGGAUUCUCUCUCAGCAGGGACGGCCCCCUGGACAUGAGGAUGGAUGGAGACAGGUAUCCCGACACACCGCGCGCUGCUGACGUUGUGAACGCGCUGGAUCAGAAGUCCCUUGCGUCCAUCCUCCUUGCGUACGGGGAGGAGAGACAUGCCAGGAAGAUCUCCUCAGCCGUCGUUGAGGCGCGCAGCAUCUGCCCCAUCACACGCACUCAGCAGCUGGCCAGCGUGGUGGCAGGAUCGUUCCCUAGCGCCGCUCUCUACGCGCGCAAGGACAAGCUGGAGCGCCCGUCCCACGUGGCCACCAAGACCUUCCAGGCUCUGCGCAUCUUUGUCAACGACGAGAUGAACGAGCUGCACGCGGGGCUGCGCGCCGCCCAGACGCUGCUGAGGCCCGGCGGUCGCCUGUGCGUGCUCACCUUCCACUCCCUGGAGGACCGCCUGGUGAAGCGCUUCCUCAGCGGGGGGGACAUGGCCACGCUUGACCAGAGGCACCCGGGCCAGAGGCUCCGGAGAGGGGCAGGGGAGAGGGAGGGGGAGGGGGAGGAGGAGGAGGGGGAGGAGGUGAUGGGGGGGAACCGGACGAAGACGACGUCGCACUGGUCGCCUCUACAGAGAGGGGUCACAACGCCCGGGAAGAAGGAGCUGGCGGAGAACCCUCGGGGUCGCUCCGCUAAGCUCCGAGCCGCGCUGAGAUGCUAGGACAUUGGGACGGUUUUGUCGAUAGGUGUUUUCAAACAUUUCUCUGGUCGUAGUCAUAGUUUUGUACCGCUAACCUCAUGUGGCCAUACUUAGAUUAUUAUAAAUUAUUAUAAUAUUAAAGACAAUUCAAUCAAAUAUGAAGAUUUCAAUUAUUUACUUAUUAUACCGGAUGGAUGGAAUCCGAUUUGUAAAGCCUGCAAUCGCUUCCUAUAUUAUUCUAUUUACAUGCUUACUCAAUAUGAUUCAAAAUUGUGCUUUGGGAUUUCUCGAGUGACCACCUCACACCUACACAGACUGCUUUAUAUGGAUUCAUUUACAUAUCUUCCUUGACUCUCACAAGUGAAUAUAUUGCAAAAAAAAAAGAGACUUUAAAGGACUGUUUUUUACGUACUGACUUUAUUAUUUUCAAUAGAGAUAACUGUUCUACCCAGGUUCUGUGUGUUCUUCGUAUUCCUCCCGAUGAGCAAUAGAGUCCAACUUCUACUGUAUUGCAUGAAUCAGUAAUGCCACAAAAUACCAAGUGACGCAAGUGUCAGAAUUGGUGAUGAAUGAGAAGGGUGACUGUUAUGAAACAUCUUCUCACUUUAACUUAAAGCAGACGACGUGAUGAACUUUACUAUUUUACUUUGACUAAUUGUUAUUGCUCCAUUAAGACGAUCAACACUUUUUUUUCUCUCUUUCCCUGCCUCCUUCAUGACACUAUAAAUAUACCCUACUUGUUACCUUGGAAACUAAACGACUGAGUAACAUUUAACUGCAUCUAAAAGUGCAGUGUUUUACGACAAUCAAUGUCAAAUGCUUGUGCUUAAUAUUGUCCUUCUAGACAUUGUCACAAUGGUUGAUACAUAGCCAUCGGAACUAAACUGUGCUAUUAUUUUGGUUGCAAUUACUUUAGCUAAAAAUGACAAUUAUAUAGAUUUCAUUUAAAUAUUCACCUAUUAUCAUAUAAUCGAUAAAGGCUUUGGCUUAUUGCUAUUGGUUUUCAUGUAAUGACUUAUUAAAAAAAAUAGAUCAGA